AUGGACAAUGGACCAAACCAACCAGUAUCACGCAUUCAGCAAAUUGAUCGAGAUUUAAUCGAAACAUUGGAAAGAGUGAUUAACGGUGACUACGAUGAGGACUUGGGAUCACCAACAAAAAAUCGAUUUGCUGCCAUAAUGCGACCAAGAAGUAGAGAACGAAUGAUAAUGGAAGAAACAGCGAAGCAAAAAAAGCCCACGAACAUUGAAAAAUCGAAAAAUCAGAAUACCCCAAAGCAAGUUCAGCGCAUUCCACCAAUUGAGAAUGGCAAAAAAGAACAACCGUCAUGGUUAAUGACGGAUGUCCACGUCAAUCAGGCAGAAAGAAUACCAAAAUCUACCAGGAAUAUGAAAUACAAGCAAAUUCCGGAAUUGAAGUAUGAAGAUCUUGUCAAUAUAACACUAGCUAGCGAAAUUCCGAAUUAUAGUUCUGCUAGCAAGGCUCCCGAGAUUCGAAAAAAGCUUUCUCGAAAACGGGACGCUUCCCCGAAUGGUUUAAAAAUUCUUUGUCAGGUUAUGGAAGCUGAAUUUGAAAAGAAAGAACGAACUUGA